AGAUAUCAAAAUAAAAUAAUUAAGAAUAACCAAUGUUAAAUUUUUCUCCACGUUUUAUUUCCUUCCAAAUUUCCCCUUAAAUUUUCCUCUAUGCUUGCUUUCCCAACAUUUUCUGAGUUUCAAAAUACACUCAACGAAUGAUAUUAUCAAAGAAAAAUAUGCAGAAUGAUACCUAACUGUGUUCACCCAUGCAUGCAUAUAGUUACUCUACUAUUGCCUGGGCGUCUGCCACCAGCAAAGGCGUGCAACCAGAUGUUAGUUAUGCCUCUAUAGCUUCCACCACAUCAGGGUCGGUUUUAAACUUCUUUGGUGCCUUGGGAGACGUGGCCUUCGCAUAUGCGGGACACAAUGUUGUGCUAGAGAUUCAGGCCACUAUCCCUUCGACCCCCGAGAGGCCUUCCAAGGGUCCUAUGUGGAGGGGAGUUAUUGUCGCGUACCUGGUCGUUGCUGUUUGCUACUUCCCGGUUGCUCUUAUAGGGUACUGGAUGUUUGGGAACACAGUGGAGGACAACAUUCUCAUCUCCCUUGAGAAACCUACUUGGCUCAUAGCCAUCGCUAACAUGUUUGUUGUUGUUCAUGUCAUUGGUAGCUAUCAGGUGGGAAGUUUUUUCUAAUCUCCUUUGACAAAGAAAACUUGGAUCCAAGGUUUUAAACUGGAAGCACUAUCAUUUGACUUGAUUUUGUCUGUACAGAUCUAUGCAAUGCCUGUUUUUGACAUGAUAGAGACAGUCCUUGUCAAGAAGCUGAUGUUCAGGCCGAGUUGGUACCUGCGCUUCAUUGUUAGGAACAGUUAUGUGGCACUCACCAUGCUCACUGCCAUCUGCAUCCCUUUCUUUGGAGGUCUUCUUGGAUUCUUUAGAGGAUUUGCUUUCGCCCCAACAACUUACUUCGUAAGCCAAAACAAAUUUGCUCUUUCCACUUCCUCACACAUAUCACAUAUGCAUGCCAAAACAGAUCAUUAACAGAUCAUCAUCUCAAUAUUUGUAGCUCCCAUGCAUCAUGUGGCUUAUUAUCUACAAACCAAAGAAAUUCAGUCUUUCUUGGUUCAUCAACUGGAUUUGCAUUAUACUUGGAGUAACUUUGAUGAUUUUGGCGCCUAUUGGAGCACUAAGAAAUAUAGUGUUACAAG